AUACUUUUUCUACAAUUUAUAACAAUUAAUAACAUCUUCGGGGCAAAUAUCAACACUUUAAGUGCAUAUAUCGAACUGAAUACACUAAUGCUAAAAUGUAGCUUUAUCUGCAUUUAAUUGUAAGAUAUUAAUUAAAAUAUAUCCAGAUUUUGUUUUCUCAUUUUCUUACAGACCGACAAACCGAUCGUUUGGAUUUUACACUUAUAGAUAUCUUAUCUUUUCUUACAGACAUAACUAGUUAUGGAUUUCAUACAGAAAGAUGGAUAGACAAAUUCCAGGAAUUUAGGCGAUUCGUGAACUUUCUCAAAAUAUGAAACCUGUUUUAAUUUCAAAGCCAUAGAAAUAUGAAAGAAAUUAUUUUCAUAUGGAUAUUUUGUGUUGGAAACGUUAUUGGACAUGGAAAACUAUGGGAACCACCGGCUAGAUCGACUAUGUGGAGAAGAGGAUUUAAAACAAUUGUUAAUCCAAAUGAUAAUGAAUUGAAUUGUGGUGGGUUUCAGAAUCAUUGGAUAAAAUAUGGCGGUCGUUGUGGCGUGUGUGGUGAUCCUUAUCAAAUAAGCCCAAGACCGAACGAAGCAGGUGGGGAGUUUGCCACUGGAGUAAUCACACGACAAUAUAAAAGUGGCCAAAUUAUUGAUUUAGCAGUCGACAUAACGGCCAAUCAUGUUGGAUAUUUUGAAUUCCGAAUUUGCCCAAAUAAUGACGUUACAAAACCGAUAACUCAAAAAUGUUUGAAUAGAUAUCCUAUAUUUGUUGUUGGGUCAAAAGAUGGUCGAUAUCAUGUAGGUGGUCAUCAGAAUGGUAUAGUUGUGUUCAAAGGCAAACUUCCGAAGGGAUUGGUGUGCUCACAGUGCGUCAUGCAAUGGCGUUAUCGAACUGGUAACAGAUGGGGAUGCAAUAAAAAGACGGGAAAAUGUGGGAAAGGAUAUGGUCCUCAGGAAGAAUUUUAUGGAUGUUCAGAUGUUACUAUAACAUCAAAGGUUGUUGGAAAGAGCCUGACAAUGAGAAAACCUGUAAACAUCAGACACAAUGAAGCCUUUAAAUCAAACUUCAAACUGCUUUCAAAUCCUUCUGAUUUAAUAAGUACUAUUGGUAAGAAAACUGGGGCAUCUCCAGUUUUUGAUAAAUUAACUAGUGUUCUUUGGACUUUAUUGCAAACUAUAAUUUCGACAAAUCGUGGUUCCCGGGUAGCUCUUGUUCAAUGGAAUCCUAUUGGACACGACAUUGUUGAACUUGGGAAAGCCAAUCAGCUUUCAGUAUUAGACACUAAUCAGAAACGUACAUACAACAGACCGUCCAAUCACUGGCCUUCUUCUAAACCUACGGUUAUUGAAGCUGAUAUCGGAGACGAAGAAGACGGUCCCAUGAUGCUUAGUGAAGUUGUUGUUGAUGAAGAUUGGCGGAAACCUACUGUGAUAAAACAAUAUACUGAUGGACCAAAAGGUUUUGUAGCCAGCGAAUCAAAAUGUCGUGCAACCAAAGAAUUUGAACACGUUGAAGGAACAAAUCGUUGGUGUAGUGUAAAUUGUAACGCGGGAAACUGUCCAAAAGUCAUGUGCACGUGCGAAACCAAAGUAGUAAAAAGUAUUGACACACAUCCAUAUUCACAUUCAAUACCUUCUAAAAUUCAUACUGGUAAAACUAGUUUCCAUAAUCAGAGAUCUUUAAAAACUGUAAAACAUAAUGCAGUUCCAAAUUCGAAAAAGAGACUAUUUCGUUUACUUUCGCAUAAAACGAACGUUGUUCCGAAUAAAAUUCAAAGUUCAAAUUUAAAAAGAACGCUUUCAAAACCUAUUCGAACUAUGCACUGUCAAGGAGCAGGGAAAUUCGCAUCUCACCGUAAAAUGGUUGGAUGGUGUUUAGAAAAUUGUUCAAAAGGAUUUUGUCCUAAAUCUAUAUGUGAAUGUUCUAAAAUUAUUUAAAUACUUUUAUUAUUUAUAGUUCAUUUGUACAUAUUUCUUGUCUAUUAUUAAGCAUUAUGUUGACUCUAAAAAAUCACGUGUUUAUAAAAUCUAAGGCUUCUUUUCAUCCUUUAUGUGAUUAGAAUAUUAAUUCUGCUUACAGCGGAUUCCAUUGAGUGUGUAGCCAAAGGUAAUAUAUUUGGUUAGCUGAACCGUGAAGUCAUUGUUAGGUAAGGUAAACUACCCUACUUUAAGAAUAGAAUAGUCCGACAUAAAACCAAUCUAUCUGUCUGUUGGACUAUGCUACUUCGAAUGGAGGGUAGUAUACCUGACCUAGAAAUGACUUCAUGGUUCGGCUUACAAGCAAGGUAACGUAACACUCAAUGGAAUCCGCUAUAGCAAUACUCAAUGGCUUGGUUCCGUAAUUGUAAAUGAUCAUCAGAUUAGUUUUAGUCAAUA